UCACCCUAAUACUCUAGAUAUAUAUUUGCUACAUCAAACCUAACCUCACUGAUGAGCUAAGGCAUGGAUUCUUUUAGUUCAUUAGGAUUGGAUUAGCCUGAGUUAGGUGAGGCCAUGUACUACAACAAAACUCUCCCUGGACUGUGCCUUCCCAAACAUUAUCCACUACCACUAGUCAAGUUAGGAUUGUCCUCUUUAAAAAUAACUCCGUUCAAGUGAACUCAAAUGGCCAUUUUUAUGUUCCUUUUUUAUGUUCCAUCUCAAUAUCACAGGGAGGAUGAGAGCAGAAAAUACCAAAUGAAAUAUUUCCAGAAUGAUUUUGAUUCUUCAAUUCUCAUUUUCAGGCAGUUCACAAGAUUAAAAAAAACAACGGGAGUCAAACUGGACUGCAGACGAAACUCUGCAUCUUCUUUCCCUUGUGAAAGAAAAUAAAGAAAUGGAGGUCGUGCAACUCCAGAAAUGGAUGCAGUCACCCAGGGUGUUUAUGACAUCCUGGGUUCUGACAGUGUAGCCCUUUUCGGCAUUCCAGAGGGUACUGACAGUAACCUUGACUGUCUGCGGUUGAUUGUUGAGAGUGGCAACCUUGAGGCAGUGCAAGUUACAGCACCGUCUGAUAUGUCACAAGACGAAAUUGCAGCAACAAUGAGGGACACCACAAUAUCUGCUGUGUCGCCCACACAUGCUGCAACAUCACCCACACAUGCUGCAACAUCGCCCACACCUCCUGCAACAUCGCCCACACCACCUACAGCGUCAGGUACACUUCCUGCUGCAUCGUCGGCCACACUUGCUGCUGCUUCUGCUGCUGAGACAGGGCAACAGAAAAAAAAAAAAAUUAUAUUAUAUUAAAAAAAAAAAAUAGCUACUAGAAAUGCAGGUAUUAGAACUGCAGAAGAAAUAUUACCGAAUGCAAUUAGGUAACAUGUCAAAUAAUAAAAUUGUUUAUGAAUAAGUAAAUGAAGAUUAAGCUUUUCCUCUCUUUGAAAGAAUGUGAUGUAUUUUUUUUUUUUUUAUGUAAACAUAAGUCUGCAAUUUACAUGACUAACCAAUAUUAUGGUUAAGUUAAGGGUUCCAUAUGCAUAGGUAGUGAAACAUUUGAAACAUUUGAAACAUUUAUUUAUCACUAGUUUUUAAAAAUAUAUAAUGUACAUAUUAUAAUAUGCAUUGUGCAAACUAGCUAGCCUAUUUUAAGCAAAGCUUUUCAGGCAUCUUAUAAUAAUCUGUGAGAAUUAUUUGCUGACAUGUGCCGUUUGUGCAAUGGAAAAAAUAGAAUCUUAACAAUAAUACAUAGUAAAAGUUAAUGGAAAUAUUUAAGACACUACUACUACUACUACUACUACUACUACUACUACUAAUAAUAAUAAUAAUAAUAAAAUAAAAA